AGUCAAAUAUCGCAGAAAGACUGAUAUCUUUGGGAGGCAAGCGUGUGGCAAGUUGUAAGGCGUGUGUGCGGGCCAUGGAGUCGCAGUGCACUGGGUUGAUGGCUGCUCGGGAUGAAGUACUCAGAGCCGGACAGGAUGUUUACGAACGAUUUGUCCGACCGUACGACAAGACAACCAAAGAGAGUACCGCAACACUCAAUCAAAUGCGGAUAUACAUCGACAUGCUCAGUCGAGUAUACAGAUGCCAUCCAUUUUCGCUCCCCUGUUUUAGUCCAAACAGGACACCAAGUACGGGUGACACAUCAUACAAAGAACCAUUUGAAGGCUUUGUGAAGCCGCAUAGGCGCGACAGUAAAAGAUCCUCAGAAUUUAGGAGUAGCGGGAGUAGUGGGAGCAAGAUUGGGAGUAACGGGAGCACAAGAGGAAUGAAUAGUGGCAGUGGAAGUGGUGAAGGGGCUGGGGGAAAUGACGAAAUUCAUUCGUAUAGUCCUUUGCACUUCUCCUUCAUGACGGCGGAAAGUGCGACACGCGGUCGACCCGUAGCAUCGCUGCACGUUGUUGAGGAGAGCAAUCUUUUAGGUAUGCGGAUUCGGGUCGAACAGGCCAAUAUGAAACUAAACAACAUGACUGGUCGCUACGGUGUGGCAAGAGAAAAAUUUCCAGACCUGAAAAAGUGGAAAGACCAGCUGAGCUAUAGCCUCGAACCAAUGACCACGGCAGUAGCAACGCUGCGCGAACGAAUCGAGCACGUGAUGGUGCUUAUGUCACUGCAGAACGGUCUGCUCCAGCAAGUACAGGGUAUCAAAGGAAUUGAUGCCACGUCUUUGCUCGACGGCUGUCAUCGGGAUCUCAAUCAACGAGAAAGCCUGCUGGUUGCUAUGGCAACCAAUGAUGCGAAGCUUCACGAGUUUGUCAGGCGUUACAUGGACCGGAUGGUGCAUGUGGGUGUAGAGAUACAUACCUACUUCCAAACUAUAGUCGCAUUUAACCGCGUUCUUAGGCAAGUGUGUUCGGGGAAAUCGCUGGAGACCUUCCCUUUGGUGCAGAAUCACAUGUACGAGACCCUGUCCGAGCUCUUGUUUAUUCCACGGCAACUGACAGCUGUGCUGAAUGUCUUGCCAGAGGCUGUCGCUCGUCAACGAUACACCCAAUUGCACUCAGUCACGGCAAUCUCAUCACAGCUAGCACACGCAUCGUAUGCCGAGGAAAUACGGAGGCUGGAGUUCACCGACGCACACGUGCACAUCGUACCGGAUGCAUUACUGCGACUAUUGCAAGAGAGCAGCCCCUCACUCCCACUUCUAAAAGUGGUCCGAGCUGACGUGAAAUUGGGUGCAAACAGCACCAAAAUAUUAGAUACAGGUGCAAACGGCUCUUCACAUGAGGAACAAGGCGAGAUCCCGCUCUUCUUCUCUUGGGAUGAUGUGGUGCGGUUGCAGAAGGAAUUAGGAAAGUUCGGUACCAUUGCGGACGACUACGUUAGCUUGCUGCGAGAUUGUCUGAGCAGCAUGCGUGUUGGCGCCGAAGCGGAGGAUAUUAAGUACCCUGCACUGAGCGAUACAAAAAGUAUAUCAGUCAUGAGUCACAGAGAUACAUUUGUUCACGCAAGAGACACACAUGGGCAUCCGAGCCAUCCAUAUGUAUAUUCAGGGCAAGCUGGGCAUGCCACGCAAGAGGCACAAACAGUCGGUGACAGUAGAGGAAGUGUAGAUAUGAGAAGCGGUUUGCUAGGGGGGAUGAGACCUGCUAGUGGGGUUGAAAAGGAUGAACAUGGACACUCACAGUUGAAAGGCCCUUCUUAUUCUGGCUAUGGUAUGAACUCGCAGGUGACAGUGGACCCGCGCGAGCGAGUAGGCGGCGACCGCGUGCGCUCUGAUUUGGUACAGCCGAGUGAGGAGACACACAACGGUUGGGAUACCUUAGAGCAAUCUUACCUUGAUAUAGCCGACGAGAUCGAAGGCAGCCCUUCAACCGAGAUAAUGCGUUUAUUGACAGAUGAGCAUUGUCAUUCGCCCGCCCAAAAUCAAAAUCUGGCUAAACAUACUUCUGCUAAUACCGAAGGAUCAUACGCCGAUGGCAAACUUGAGAGUUCAAUGGAUGCACCCAAUUCACGGGAUGUGGACCGACCAGGACAAUCCGGUGGGAUGUCGAACCAAGAUGAAUGUGGGACUGUCAUGACCCAAUCUAUGGUGAAGGAAGCGUAUCUGAUGAACGAGCUAUGCGCAGAGAUGGUUGAGGUCGGAGUGCAUGACCAGGGUGUGGGUGCUGCCACUAGCGCGUGCGGUGCCGUCAAAACAAAUAUUUCGCACGAUGCAAUUCCUGAUGAGGAAGAGACUGGCGAAGUGGUACCAUUGUUAGGCGGCCCAAAUUUAGGGUUCAGGGCAGCCAGGGGCGUGUCACCUCGUGUGAAGCGAGUGCAGAAUUUUCCUGAACAUACUUCCCCCGCAUGUGAGUGCGAACGAGAUAUAGCGUGUACAUGCGCGAGCACGCGUCCGGACUCCAUACGUGCGUUGUUAAGCAUGGGCAAACAUACUCAACCCGACAAGAAUUUGAGUACUGAUACCAAUGUGAACAGUCAGGCCUUGCAGCGAGAGGUGGCUGUUCUGCUCGAGCGCGUAUCGUCCAUGGUCAUAGUUGCGGCUGAGAGAGAGGCGAAGUUGAAGGAAAUGGGCGAAGAGCUGCAAAGAUCCUGUGCCGAAGUCAGGCUACGUGACUGUAAAAUUGCUUUGCUCAAUUCUGAGCUAGAGCGACAGCAAGCGGCGUCGGCUGUCAUUUAUAAAGACGUUGCCAUGGCUACGGGCGAUAAAAGCUCAGUGGGAGGUACGGAGAGUACUAGUGAUGUUUUAGUAGCGUCGCUGGACGAAUCCAGUGAGGAAUUGUCCUCAGAGUAUGGAAGUGCUGUUAGUAGUACCUUGGAAGGUAGUGAUUGUGGUGUGUUGGUAUCCAGGAGUGAGUAUGCGGAUAUCGGUGGCGACAGGGACAUACAGUCGGAGACUGGAUGUAGCAUGCGGACGGACACAGGGACAUCAGUCGAGCUUGCUGUGGCGGAGGGAACGCAGACAGACUCGCCCUUGUGCAUUAAUAGCUGCACGCAAACAUUCACGCGCAUAUAUGCCGAUACCUGCACGCAGACUGAUCGAACGGAGAAUCUCGGACCAUGCGGAGAAGUAACAGAAAGGCAAAUGUUGUUAGCAGAACCCGACAGCAAGGUAGCAUACACAGAUGAGGUGAGUAGAAGGCAUCUACACAUGCUGCAGCAUCAGCUAUCGGUGUAUUGUGGGUAUGUAGCUGCACUCGCGCAGACAUGUGGCAUAGAAUGUGGCAACAGGAAGUGUGAAGACGAAAGGGAUGGGCUCGGAAAACAUAUGGACAGGGAGGUAGGAUCAGAUGACGUGUAUGCACACAUAGGGAGUGGCACGCACAUUAAGACUGACGACACACGUACACGCACGCACCCGUAUGCGGAGCCGAGCUCAUCGCACGACGUAAAGAGGGGUGAUGUAGAGGUUGUCGAACGAAACGAACUGUGUGGUCGUGAGCGCUGGGCUUCUAUUGCGCGAAAAUUGUAUAGCAUACCUCUAAACUUUACUUUAGAGAAUCCGGAUAAGGGAUUCAAUGGUACGCACAGCGUGUCCCCCAAUAAGGAAGAGCUUGCUUACGCCGAUGACCAAUCAGAAGUGUACAAUAGCUUCUCACGAGUUCAAUCAAAACACGAGAAUGGGUUUGCUGCUUCCCAGACCGAUGCUACAGAUACCAGGAGCGAGGUCGAGUGUCUUGAUGCACUCCUCCGGUGUGCAGACGGCCUGCCUCUCUUUACAAUUGAGGCACAUGUGCGUAAACUGAGUGAGUUUGCAUCGACACAGGUGCACGCAAUUACCGACGGAAAGUAUCGAUCAUUCGGCAAGGAUAAUAAAAAUCUGUUCUCCAAUCUAGAUGAAGUCACAAGGGCGAUGCUAAGAACUGAAGAAGGGAAGAGGGUGCUUAUCGACGAUGUCAGUCUCUCGGGAGAUAGUACUCUGAGUGUCUCUCGAGGUAGUGGCGGACCAAAUUACGCCGAAGAUCCAGAGUUUUUGGAUUCGAAUACAAAUUGGAGCUCAGGUUCAGCUGUAGGUCACAAAUUGCUUGGGGUGGUUGAUGAUGCGGUUCAUAGGGAGUGUGGCACAGACUCGGGUACAGAUAAACACCUACCAACGACCAGAGAAACAAUGCAAGGAGAAACGCACACACCAACAAGUACAGACUCGUUCACACAAGCGCCCAUAUCAACACAAGCGUAUAUCUCUUGUGAAAACACUUUCGAUGGUACUCAGCGACAGUUGGAUACCAAAAUUAGCGUGCAGGCGUUUGAUACGGACUGUCUGAUGCUGUUCACGCCACUUAAUUCCGGACAUUGGUUUGCUUUCAACAUCGACCAACCGCACUACUACCUACACGAAACGUGCGUGGCCGAUUAUCAGCUGGAUAGGAAGAUAGUGACUAUGUUUGUUGGCAGAGCUAUCUAUCUUCAGGAACACAGAGCCAGUGCGACGUAUAAUCCGUUCGGAUUGAGUGAAGGAACGAAGUUCUCGGAAGUCAUCGCUAUCGAAGAGGCCAAAGGUAUGAAGGUUCGGCGAAAGAGCUCUUCGCGGCAUCGCUCCGGCGAAGCAGACCUAUCAAACAGUCCCCCAAACAAUGCGCCGAAACGAGAUGAAAUAGCGCCGCUCACUCCCAAUUAUGCGGAAACCAUGAUGCUGUCGAUGAUUUGAAUGUGCGAGGCACAUGGCAAUAAGGAUCAAUGUUGUCACAACCCGGGCUAGUCUCACUCUUUAAGAACCGGUAUGUGAUGCUGAGCAGGUGGUCCCUAAAAGUCCAACCAAGUUGUCACACGAAACUUUGCACCUCUAAAGUGGGUCGAUGUAUCCGUAUCUAAGCGAAAUUGCUCUGCCUGAGCCUGGUGGACUAAAACCCAGUAACCCCAUUCCAGUUCAGCACUUAGCCCAGCCUACGAGACUAUUGUUCGUAUGCGCCUGGACCUUUCGUAUCGCACGGAGAUAUUUCUACGCAUACGUGUCUGGUAGUCACGUGACAUACUUGUACUCUUCAAAAGCGAUUAUUGAUGGACCACUAGAGUCGAUGUGCCCAUCGCACAUCAAUCAUUUUUAAGAUAUGUGGCGCGGAUUGGCAUGCUUCUCAUCAACAAUCCAUGCGGUAGAACAUUUCAGAUCUAUGGUAAAAUGGUGGUUCAAAGGGACAAAAUAGCCUCAUGGUCAUGGUCUAGCAUCUUCAACGAGCACAAUUAUCGUGACGAAUCCUCAGCAUUGCACAUAUCGACAGCGGCUGAAGUUCGCCUUUCUCCUCGAUUUUCAACCACUCUCGGAGUUUGUUUGGGGUCGUAAUCAUUCCGUCGAAUGCCUGUUUCAAUCUGAAAUGUCAUACUCAUCAGUAUCGCAUCUGUGUACGUUCGCUCUGGCUCGAAAGUCAGGGAGCCGUAAGUGUGACCGAGUGGUGUCACAAAACUCGCAUGAGUUGGCAGUUAGAGUACUAUCUCGAUAGUGAGCGAUACGGGGUGAUUCAUACGCACACUCCUACACGGUGGGGGGCACAUCCAGGACUAAGUACACAGUUGCACCUAGUCUGAGAGGUAUUAACAAUGCCUGGAAGGUUGGAACGAAAAUUAGUAGAAUAAAUGCAGUACCAGCAGCUGUUACUGCCGCCAUACUACGGC